UAAUUCAAUAGUUGUAAUUUUCAGAUGUUUAUGAGUCAUUGCUACAAUUUUAAAGUACAUAAAUGGCCAGCAGCUGCAUGAAUUUAUUUUUCCCCUUUUGAAUGCUUUAACUACCACCUUGUGGUGAGAAGUUAAAGUUACUCUAAAUACUUAUCAUCCAAAUUCCAGAAGAUAAAAUGUCGACUAGGGUUAAGAGCAGAAGGAAAGAUUUCAGAUGUAAAACCAACAGUUCUACAUAUCCAUCACCUCACAUUUACUAUAAGAGUCCGAGCUCCUGUCCAACAGAUGUUGAUCUUAAUUCGAUCGAGUUUUAAGAUGGAGUAAGACCGGAAGUGGAACCCUAUAAAAAACGAAGUGCUAUGGCUAUGUCGUUUUAAGGCUUUAAUCCUAACAAAUUGUUCCGUAUUGCAAUUGCGUAGCUGUUGGAUGUGAUUCAUUUAAUUUAAAGGCCUUUUUUGGUGAGGGAUGAAUCAUUUUGCAUCGAUAAGUCAAACACCAUGACCCGGCGGUUGCCAUGGCGACCGAAUGUAAACAUCGCCUUUGGUUGCGUCCGAUCUUAAAACAUGUCGAACAUGUCUGCUAUGAAGAAAAGGUUGCUAAAAACUCUCGCUGAAUCGAUAUCAGAACAAGUGGACCUCUUCAAUACAGCAGAGGUGGAGUGUCUUAUCCACGAUUACAACGUGCUUCUGGGGGAGCCCACUCCCCCCGGAAAAGGGGUCCCGGGCCUGGACAGAGCGAAGUUCAGAAGCAUUCUGCACAACACCUUUGGGAUAAGCGACGACCUUAUGAUGGAUAGAGUGUUCAGGACAUUUGACAGAGACAACGAUAGCUCGGUCAGUACAAAAGAAUGGAUUGCAGGGCUGUCCAUUUUCCUUCGAGGGAGCUUGGAUGACAAAAUAAAAUGCAACUUUCGCGUGUACGACUUGAACGACGAUACCUUCGUCUCCAUAGAGGAGGUGUAUCACAUGCUAAAGAACUGCCUCCCCGGACUGCCCACAAAGGAGGAACGUGACGAAGGAGUCAAAGACCUGGUGGAGAUCACAUUCAAGAGGAUGGACCGUGACCACGAUGGCAAAAUGUCUUUACCUGACUUUGAACAGUCAGUUAAAGAAGAGAAUCUUUUACUUGAAGCUUUUGGAACUUGCCUCCCUAACUUCAAGAGAGUCGAGGCAUUUGAGCGGCGUGUAUUUCGAGAACUGAAAAAAUGAAAAAUUGUCUCAUGUAUUUCAGAAACAUUCUUUAAUAAAAAUGUAUUUGCUGUUUGAAUUGUGUAGCAACAUUUGUAAAUAAAAACCCUCUGCCAAGGGAAA